AUGGGGAAUAUCUUCUGCUGCUGCACUAGAGGAUGGGGAAGCAAUGUUCCUCAGGCGACGGAAACAACUACUGAUCAACCAAGAUCACAUUCACAGAAUGUAACUAAUCAAUCUGUAUCCACAGGCUCGAGGUCGUAUUAUUCGGCCCAUUCUUCGCCCAGAACAGAGUCGUAUCGUGGCGGAGCAAGGAUGAUGGAUGGUGAUCAAGAUACAACUCGUCGUCGCCGAUUAGAAAAACAUGAUGAUGGUUCCUGCCAAGAUGUUUCUCCUGCUGUAAUGAAUGGAGUUUCUACUGAGAUUACUGAAGAGAUAUCACCAAGCCAACACGAAAGAUGGCGAGACCUUGUGUUUGAUAUACAGUUUAGAGCACAAGAAGACGAUUUCCUGACGGCAAAUGGUUCCUUUACUCCUACUCCUAGUCCUGUCUCGAAAAGGCUCACGUUCUCUCCCAUGGCAAGUCCUAGAAUAGGGAGACGCGUUGGUUCCAUGAGUCCUUCCUCGGCUAAUAUAAAGAAUGCCUUCAACUUCAAGAACGGGAACAACAAUGCAGAUAUUGAGGAAGGUGUGGCAUUGGUGUUUGACUGCAGAGAGAAGUCUAAUGUUCCAAGAACAUGGUCUCUCACUAAUCUCUUAACUCCUAGAAAAUCCAAGAAGACAGAGUCUUUACCUGCUACCCCUUUAGCUCACUCAAAUCCUGAGUCCAUGCACGGGAGCUAUGCAUUUUAUGAUCAAUUUACAUCCAUGAAAAGAGAGCGGACACUGCCUAUUCGCACACUGCCUAUUCGCCGUACACGUUCUGUCCCAACGCUCAUCCACAAAGAUGGCAAUAUGAAGCCAUCAUGCCUUCUCCGUGUGAUUCCUACUCCAUCUCGUGUGGACAUGCAUGAACAUGACGAUGGCGGAGAAGAUGUUCCUGAAGAGGAAGCGGUGUGCAGAAUCUGCAUGGUUGAGUUAGGAAAAGAUUCAGAAGCUUUCAAGAUGGAAUGCAUGUGCAAAGGAGAACUAGCUCUUGCUCACAAAGAGUGCACUAUCAAAUGGUUCACAAUUAAAGGGAACAUAACAUGUGAUGUGUGCAAACAAGAGGUGAAAAAUCUCCCCAUGACACUUCUCCGUGUGGAGGAGUAUCCUCAGGACCGGUCUAGUAAAGAAGCAGAGCAUACAGAGAUCUCAGAGAUUAUUAACGGAUGGCAAGGUGUGCCGACUCUUGUCAUGGUAAACAUGCUUGCGUACUUUUGUUUCCUUGUGCAGCUUUUGUUCAUGGAAAUGAAAUGGAGUGCCAUUCCAGUAGCUUUACCAUUCGCUUGCAUUAUUGGUUUUCUUGGAUCAGCGACAUCCUCAACAAUGGCGAAGGAGAAGUAUGUGUGGAUCUUGGCAACCAUUCAGUUCAGUUUCGUUGUCCUUUUCAGUCAUGUCUUCUACUCAAGAAUUUAUGUUAAGCAGCCGGUUUCGUGCAUUGUCUUAGCCACUAUGGUUGGAUUUGGACUCACCAUGUCCGGCACAACGGUUAUUACCAUGUUUAUCGAAUGGAGGAGAAGCCAUGCUCACCACCAGCCAACAAGCACUCAUGUGGCUACACCACCAUUUCAGACAAUAGAGUAG